AUGCCUCACUCAGUUACACCAUCCAUAGAACAAGAUUCGUUAAAAAUUGCCAUUUUAGGUGCUGCCGGUGGUAUCGGGCAGUCGUUAUCGCUGCUUUUGAAAGCUCAGUUGCAAUACCAGUUAAAGGAGAGCAACCGGAGCGUUACCCACAUUCAUCUGGCUCUUUACGAUGUCAACCAAGAAGCCAUCAACGGUGUUACCGCCGACUUGUCUCAUAUAGACACCCCCAUUUCCGUGUCGAGCCACUCUCCUGCAGGUGGCAUUGAGAACUGUUUGCAUAACGCUUCUAUUGUUGUCAUUCCUGCAGGUGUUCCAAGAAAACCUGGCAUGACUCGUGAUGACUUAUUUAACGUGAAUGCUGGUAUCAUUAGCCAGCUCGGUGAUUCUAUUGCAGAAUGUUGUGAUCUUUCCAAGGUCUUCGUUCUUGUCAUUUCCAACCCUGUUAAUUCUUUAGUCCCAGUGAUGGUUUCUAACAUUCUUAAGAACCAUCCUCAGUCUAGAAAUUCCGGCAUUGAAAGAAGGAUCAUGGGUGUCACCAAGCUCGACAUUGUCAGAGCGUCCACUUUUCUACGUGAGAUAAACAUUGAGUCAGGGCUAACUCCUCGUGUUAACUCCAUGCCUGACGUCCCUGUAAUUGGCGGGCAUUCUGGCGAGACUAUUAUUCCGUUGUUUUCACAGUCAAACUUCCUAUCGAGAUUAAAUGAGGAUCAAUUGAAAUAUUUAAUACAUAGAGUCCAAUACGGUGGUGAUGAAGUGGUCAAGGCCAAGAACGGUAAAGGUAGUGCUACCUUAUCGAUGGCCCAUGCCGGUUAUAAGUGUGUUGUCCAAUUUGUUUCUUUGUUAUUGGGUAACAUUGAGCAGAUCCAUGGAACCUACUAUGUGCCAUUAAAAGAUGCGAACAACUUCCCCAUUGCUCCUGGGGCAGAUCAAUUAUUGCCUCUGGUGGACGGUGCAGACUACUUUGCCAUACCAUUAACUAUUACUACAAAGGGUGUUUCCUAUGUGGAUUAUGACAUCGUUAAUAGGAUGAACGACAUGGAACGCAACCAAAUGUUGCCAAUUUGCGUCUCCCAGUUAAAGAAAAAUAUCGAUAAGGGCUUGGAAUUCGUUGCAUCGAGAUCUGCAUCAUCUUAA